CAUCACUCUUCGAUCACCAUCAUCACUCUCUCUCUCUCUCUUCUAUUUCCAUGGCUCUUGUUCGUAAACGCCGUCAAAUCAACCUCCGUCUCCCUGUCCCACCGCUCUCUGUUCACCUCCCCUGGUUCUCCUUUGCCUCAUCCACCGCCCCCGUCAUCAACAACGGAAUCUCAGCUUCCGAUGUCGAGAAACUCCACGUUCUCGGAAGAGGAAGCAGCGGGAUCGUAUACAAAGUCCACCACAAAACCACGGGGGAGAUAUACGCUCUGAAAUCAGUCAACGGCGACAUGAGUCCUGCUUUCACAAGACAAUUAGCGCGCGAGAUGGAGAUCCUCCGUCGCACGGAUUCUCCUUAUGUCGUCAGGUGUCAAGGGAUCUUCGAGAAACCAAUCGUCGGAGAGGUUUCGAUCCUCAUGGAGUAUAUGGACGGUGGAAACCUAGAAUCUCUCCGCGGCGCCGUUACGGAGAAACAACUAGCGGGAUUUUCCCGCCAGAUUUUGAAAGGUUUAAGUUAUCUCCACUCACUCAAGAUCGUUCACAGAGACAUCAAACCUGCGAAUCUACUCUUAAACUCGAGAAACGAAGUUAAAAUCGCUGAUUUUGGAGUGAGCAAAAUCAUUACCCGAUCGUUAGAUUACUGCAAUUCCUACGUCGGCACUUGCGCUUACAUGAGCCCGGAGAGAUUUGACUCUGCCGCCGGAGAAAACUCCGAUGUUUACGCAGGCGAUAUCUGGAGUUUCGGAGUGAUGAUACUUGAGCUCUUCGUCGGACAUUUUCCGUUGCUUCCUCAGGGACAGAGACCUGACUGGGCGACGUUAAUGUGCGUCGUGUGCUUUGGAGAACCACCGCGUGCGCCGGAAGGAUGUUCCGACGAGUUUAGGAGUUUUGUUGACUGUUGUCUCCGUAAAGAAUCGAGUGAGAGGUGGACGGCGUCGCAGCUUCUCGGUCACCCUUUUCUCCGUGAAAGUCUUUAGAUCCGACUGCUUGUGAUAUUACGGGUCUGGAUAUUUUCCGGGUGACCCAAAUCGCAAUUAUUAUUUUUUUGUAGAAUUUUUGUAUGAUCAGAAAUAUGCUCUAUUGAAAUUCAUCUGACGAUUCAUAUU